AUGGCUUCAAGUGAGAAUGACGAGGCAUCAAAUGAACGACUUCGUUUUACCGACAUUGCGGAUGAGCCCAGACGGAUGCUACCGCCCAUUAGUGGAUUUGAAAGCGAGCCUCUCGUUUCUCUUGAAGAAGCAGUACAACCCCUCGUUAAGCACAUCUGUACCAUAGAGCAGCAAGCACAAAUUGCCAAACGAAACUGUAAACAGAAUUCGGUUCACGAUCUAACCAUGGACGAAUCUGCAUCGAUUAGAUUGUAUACCAUGGAAUGUAAGCCGAAUGAACAGUGCCUUUACUAUGUACUUAACCAAACACUUCGCUCCGAGGAUCGGAGUCUUUUAAAAGAUUGGUUUCGCUAUUUGAGACUCAUUAUUAAUGCACUGGCAAAAAUACCAUCGAGUCCUUCUUGUCUCCUGUUUCGAGGAGUAAAAUUAAAUUUGUCACAAGACUAUCCCUUGGGAACGAAACUCUUUUGGUGGGGAUUUUCAUCAUGUACUACUUCAAUGGAAAUGCUUGAAAAGGGGCCAUUUCUCGGCGCUAAAGGUGCUAGAACCCUCUUUCACAUUGAUUGUUACUCAAGCAGAGAUAUUCGAGAAUAUUCUGCACAUGCAAAAGAAUAUGAAGCGUUGCUUCUUCCUGCUAGACAAUUUCAAAUCGUCUCAAGUCUUAAUGCUGGUCAUGAUCUCUAUGUGAUUCAUUUGAGAGAAGUUGAACCAGAAUUUUCUCCUAUUGUAAUUCCACCCGUUAAAAAGAAAUCAUCUAUCAUACACAUACCUGACAUCAUCAAACCGGCGGUGCCACUUCCUGAUAAUCCAGAGUUGGAAAGUCACCUUGCUAGACUUCAACAUCGUUCAAAUUUGAAUUUGGAUGGUUGGCGAUUAUCCGAUCAAGAUAUGAGCUUUAUCGCAGAACAAGCCAUUUCCAACAAACAAUGUGUGAAAGUGUCCAUAAGAAAUAGUCCUAUAGCAUCUCAAGGUUUAUCAGCGCUAGCCACUGCAGUUCGCGAUAGUAUUACAAUAGAGGAACUUGAUUUAAGCAACGCUAAUCUGACAGACAAUGAUUUGGGUCUAUUAGCGCAACACAUUUCGAUCGAUCAGUCGCUCGCGGUAAAACAAUGGAGUUGCUGUGGAUUAGUAAAAGUGAAAGAACUAACGAAAGCACCUAUCAAGUUACUACAACUAAGCAAUAAUCAUAUUGGUGAUAAGGGUAUGGAAUAUCUAGUAGAAGUGCUCAAGAACAAACGAACAUUAGUUGAGCUGCACUUGAACGGUAAUCGAAUAAGUGAUCAUGGUGUUCGACUGCUAGCUACUAUUCUAUCAACUCCAACAAUCAAUCUGCAAAAACUCUAUCUACACAAUAAUCCACGAAUAAGUGAUCUAGGUAUUGAUCACCUCAUCGGCAUGCUACGAACGAAUCGACUAUUAAACACACUCUGGUUGAUCGAUUGUAAUUUGACCAAUGCCGGCAGGCAGAGAUUGAGAGACACUGUUGCAACUAGAAAGCAUUUUUAUCUAAAUGUAGAACAGUUUAAUUAA